AUGAAGCACAAUCCAAAUCUUACGAGCUCUAGAAGAAAAUGCCGAAAAUUACACUUCACAUCUCCUUCAAGUAUUCGCCGUAAAAUUAUGAGUGCUCCACUUUCCGUCAACUUGAGAGACAAGCACAAUGUUCGUUCUCUCCCCGUGAAAAAAGACGAUGAAGUACUCGUGGUUCGUGGAACCUAUGCGGGUCGGGAAGGAAAAAUCGUUCAGUGUUAUCGCAAGAAGUGGGUUAUUUACAUCGACCGGGUCACUCGGAACAAGAUCAACGGGUCAACAGUCCCAGUAGGAAUUCAUCCUUCCAAAGUGGUUCUGACCAAGUUGAAGCUCGACAAAGACAGGCUGGUAUUGCUUGAACGUAAGGCCGUCGGUCGUGGUAAAAGCGAUAUGGAAAAAACUAAAUCUAUUGCUGCUUAA